CCCACGGAAGCUUCUUUACCCCUCGACCAUAAUGGGUGGCGGAGGAUGAAUUACAGCCAAUGGAUACGACGCCGUUUUGUUUAACGAGUGAGGAGCACCAUUAGCAGAUGCAAGUUCAGAUUUUACGUUGAGACCUCUUAUCGGAUUGAUCAAAGGACCAUUCCCGUUCAAGUCGAGGCGGAAGAGGAAGAAGGUAUUACCCGAGGGGACGAAACCCGUGGUUGAAACUCGAGAGGCCGAGUUGAAUCAGCGAAGCGACGUCUAGGGUCUGCGACAGGCCAAGAAGAAGCAGAGACCCAUUGUCUGAUAGCCAGAAUUAAUGCAAAAUUGAAACAGAUGGGAAGCAGAGUCUUUUUGCUCAAAGGAGUGUCAUACUCAUCAGCAAUGGGUAAUAGCUUCCUUACCCACUCCAGGAGAAGUUUCAACUACUUUGGUUUCCCAAAAGUUAUUGUUCAUCACGAUAGAGUUCGAAGCUGCUCAUCAACAAAAAUUCAGUCCUCUCUUCCACCUCCAGAUGUCACUCGUUUGGCAGAAACAGCUCGAAUUGCUCUUGCAUCAAAUGAGGUGGAAGAAUUUGCUCCUAAAAUUCAACAGGUGAUAGAUUGGUUUGGACAGCUUCAAGGUGUUGAUCUCGAAAGCAUUGAACCCUCCAUUAGAGCAGAUACUGAAAACAACAAUGUCCGUGAUGAUGUUCCCGAGACUUUCGACGACAGGGGCACCAUGGUUGCUUCCAUUCCAAGCUACGAGGAGCCUUACAUCAAAGUUCCAAAGGUCUUAAACACGGAAUGAAAUUCCGGAGCCGAGUUCUGAUAGUUCUAAAGGGUAAGGAAGUAAAUGUGGACAAUAGUUUUGUACUGAAUUUCUUGUUAAUUUACAUGAAGUAACCAAACACCUAUUUUGAAUUUCUUCUGUGGGAUUCGGUUUAUCACCUCUGCGCCUACAACUUUCCCCAAAUUCAUUAUUUUCCAUGAUGUAAGAAAAUAUGAGCUGAAGCCUCAGCACAAGCAGGUGUGACAAGUAGAUUAUGGGCCAUGUUAGGGUAGGUGAUGAGGGAAAAGAUGUCUAAUACUCUCUUCUUUCAUCUUUUAGAAGGUUCUGUGUUCUAUUUUUUUUUUAAUUGAUUAUUACUAUUAAGAGUAA